AUAAGCUGUGGGCCUGAGUCAUGUCCAGCCAGGCCCUGCUGAGACACAGAGAGAACUGAGGGUCUCCAGCACCUGGCCCUGAUUUGCUGUAAACUGUCAGCUCCUGCACUUUGGACCAAAAAAAAUCUCAGGCCUUCUCUCGGCUCUUUGACCUGCUGCCGUGGCCUUGGUGGUGCCCUUCUCCAGUGGUCAGCCCCGGGCUUCCCCCACCCAUGCAGUCCUCAGUGACUACUGCCGAGGGCCUGAGCAGCCCCCUCUUUGGGGCCCACGCACUCCCCACCUUCAAGUUCCAGCCGCGCCGUGAGACUGUGGACUGGAGGCGCAUUAGCGCCCUGGACGUGGACCGCGUGGCCCGGGAGCUGGACGUGGCCACUCUGCAGGAGAACAUUGCUGGCGUCACCUUCUGCAACUUGGACCGGGAGGCGUGCAGCCGCUGCGGCCAGCCGGUGGACCCGGUGCUGCUGAAGGUGCUGCGCCUGGCCCAGCUCACCAUCGAGUACCUGCUGCACUGCCAGGACUGCCUGAGCGCCAGCGUCGCCCAGCUGGAGGCGCGCCUGCAGGCCAGCCUUGGCCAGCAGCAGCGUGGUCAGCAGGAGCUGGGCCGCCAGGCUAGCGAGCUGAAGGGCGUGCGGGAGGAGAGCCGCCGGCGCCGCCAAAUGAUCAGGCACAGGAAGCGUUUUAAAGCUCCCCAGGAGGCUGGGAUGGGCAGCGUGGGGACAACGUCACUGCCUCACUCCUGCCACCUGUGUGACAAGACGUUCAUGAACGCCACCUUCCUCCGGGGCCACAUCCAGCGCAGGCACGCAGGCACGGCAGAAGCUGGAAAACAGAAGACGCAGGAACAGCCAGUGGAGGAGGUGUUGGAAGAGCUGCGGGCCAAGCUAAAGUGGACCCAGGGGGAGCUGGAAGCCCAGAGGGAGGCCGAGAGACAGUGGCAGCUCCAGGAAGCCAAGAUUGCUCAACAGAGAGAAAUAGAAGCUAAGAAGGAAUUUGAUGAGUGGAAAGAACAAGAGCGGAUGAAGCUCUAUGGGGAAAUCGAUAAGCUAAAAAAAUUAUUCUGGGAUGAAUUUAGAAGUGUUGCUAACCAGAACUGUACACUAGAAGAGAAAUUGCAGGCGCUGCAGUCCCACAGCGUGGUGGAAUCCAACCUUGGGUCACUGAGGGAUGAGGAGUCUGAGGAGCGACUCAGGCAGGCACAGGAGCUCCAGGCCCUGCGCGAGAAGAUGGAGGUGCAGAAAACAGAGUGGAAGAGGAAAAUGAAGGCAGUGCGUGAAGAGCACGCGGCUGAGAGGAGAGAGCUGCAGGAGGAGAACGAGAGGCUCCAGGCCACCCUGUCUCAGGAUCAGAGGAAGGCGGCUGCCCAGGCCCAGCGCCAGGUCAGCGUUCUCCGAGCCCAACUGCAGGAACAAGCCAGGCUUAUCGCCUCCCAGGAGGAGACGAUCCGGACCUUGUCGCUCGGGAAGGUGGAGGAGAUCCGGGAGGUGCCGAAGCCUGUGGACACGGAGGAGGACUCUCCCGAGGAAGAACUGGAGAGUUCCGGGGGCGAGCAGCAGAAGGUGCUGGCAGCGCUGAGGCGAAACCCCACCUUGCUGAAGCAGUUCAGGCCGAUCCUGGAGGACACCCUGGAAGAGAAACUGGAAAGCCUGGGGAUAAAGACGGAGGCAAAGGGCAUCUCAGCUCAGAAGCGCACACACCUGGAGUCCCUGCUGAGAGUCCAGCGAGAACAGCAGGCCCGGAGGUUUCCUGAAUUUCCGAGUCUGCGGGAACAGCUCAUCAAGGAGGCCACCCGCAGAGUGAAGGAGAAACUGGAGAACGGGGCCACGUCCAGGCCAGAGGGCCAGCCUGCAGUCAAAGGCCGGUGGAGCACACCAGUCACCAAAGAGGCCCGUCCACAGACCAGGCCCCAGCAUGGGACAUUGCCGGCCAAGUUGGUGGAGACGCCCACAUCCACGCUUCAGAGCCCUGGCAGCUGUGGUCCUGACCUGACCCAGGGGUCCACCCCCACUCCACGCCCCAGAGCUCACAGACCCGCCAGCACGCCUGCUUCCCCUGGGCCUGGGCUGAGCACGCCCCCUUUCAGCUCUGAAGAGGACUCCGAGGAAGACUCUGUCCAGCGCGUGUCUCUUCAGCCCCCAGCCACUCCUGCCAGGAUGGUGCCCCGGCUGCAGGCUGACUGGGACUGGUCUGACACCGAGAGCUCAGAGGGGAACGCCCAGCCCCCUGGCAAGGGGUCUGGUGGGCUGGCCUCCUCAGGGACGCUGGUGCAGUCGAUGGUCAGGAACCUGGAGAAGCAGCUCGAAGCGCCAGCCAAGAAGCCUGCCGGAGGGAUCCGUCUGUUCUCCAAGCCCGACGCCACGCCGCAGAGAGCAGCCAUGCCAGGAGGGAAGCCUCAGCUUUCUGAAGAUGAGAGUGACUUGGAGAUCUCUUCCUUAGAAGAUCUCUCCCAGGACCUGGACCAGAGAGAGAAACCGAAGCCCCUGUCUCGUUCGAAACUCCCAGAGAAGUUUGGUGCCAGGCCUUGGAGUGCUGGCCCACCUAGAGUACCUGGCUGGUGAUCCUGUCCCAGAGCCUGGCUGGGACUCGGCUGAGGUCACCUCAGAUCCUACCCCGACAGAAGAGGAGGCUUCCAGAUUUGGACAAGGGCUUGUGCUCACCAGCAACCGAGAGGUCUUCCUCUUGGAGAAAAACAGAGUGGAGGAGAAAUCUGAUUUCCUCAGCCCCAUCCCUACCUGUGUGGUUCCCUGCCCUGGAGGCCCAGGGCUAGGGCUGUGUGUCCUUGGGUCCCAAGGCUUGAGGAAGGGCUGUGACAGGACCUGCAGGCUGUUUUCUUCCUCUCGUUCCAUAUCCACUCUGGACCGAAAGGAGUAACCGUGCAGAAAUACAGUGGGUCCUGUACGUGGUUCCCUCCAGGGGCGUGUGCGUCAGUCAGUCGUUCAAUGAUCUGAAGUCAAAUACUGAGCACCUGCUCUGAGCCACGUUCUCUAGCCUUUCCCUGGUGACAGGCUGCAGGCAGAGUAGACAGGGCAGGGCCGGUCCAGGGGUGGCCUAGUGACAGGGGUUAGGACUUACAGGAGCAUGCGAGAAGCCCGCCAGCCCAGCCCAGGGUGAUCUUGGACAGCUCCCCAGAGUCGUGAUGUCUGGCUGGGCCUGUUCAUGGGUGGGAGGGUGACCUGCUGGGGCCUCCUACCCCCUAAGGACAACAGACUGAAUUUUCAAAAUUAUUUUCCAAGUCAUUGUAUUUUCCAUAGCCACUGUAUUUUUUUAGUGGGAAAAACAUUAAUUUAUUAUAU